UAUCCUAAUGGUAAUGGUAACUCUGUAACGUGAGCCUGGUAUAAUAAGCUGUGUGCUGGUCUAGCCAGUCGGGCUGAAGCAGGACUGUCACCGAUCUUGCUUUUCAGCGCUCCAGUUUUUAUAAAAGUAGUUAAGGGCAGCUAUUACAAUGACGGGGAUGUAUCCAGAAGAAGAGGAGAUGAUCGAGGACAGAUCUUGCGGCCGUGCUCAGUUUGGCUGCCUCUGUGGUACUUCCUCCUGCCGCCUGUGUUGCCGUCCAUGCCCCAGUGUGUUUGAGAGCACCUCAACACGGCUGGUCUACAUCUUCUACCUCAUGUUAAGUGUUGGUGUCAUGGCUAUCAUGAUGUCCAAGGAAGUCCAAGAAGAGAUCAUGGAAAUAUUCCCUGACCAUAAGAUAGUGUGUUCCUGGAUUGGGGCAGGGGAUAACUGUGAGGCUGCUCUGGGCUAUGUUGCUGUCUAUAGAUUAGGAUUCGCCAUUUCAGCUUAUCACUUUCUUCUGAUGUUGAUUACAUGUGGUGUAUCAACCAGCAGAGAUUUCCGUGCCGGUGUACACAAUGGAAUGUGGUUCUACAAAACCCUUUUGCUGUUAACAUUCUGUAUUGGAGCAUUCUUCAUCCCGGAUCCAAAUGAUUUAUUCAUAAACGUUUGGAUGUACACAGCCAUGGCAGGUGCUGCCCUCUUCAUUGUGAUUCAGCUUCUGUUGCUGGUAUUUUUGUACCAUUCAUGGACGGAUAAGCUGAUGGCACGUGUAAAUAAUGGAGGAUCUGCAUGCUGUUGGUAUGGAGUGGUAGCUGUACCUGCAUCCAUCUUGGCAUACAGUGCAUGUGCCUGUUGUGUCAUUCUCCUGUACUAUUUCUUUGCAAUGGGAGAAGGAUGCAACCGAAACCACUGGUUUAUUAUCAUAAAUGCAGCAGCCUGCAUUUUGGCAUCAAUAAUUGCUGUUAUUAAAAAAGGACCAAAAGAUGUUCGUCUGAGACUUCUACAUUCUUCACUUGUCUCGAUGUAUGUUACAUACCUCACAUGGACAGCCAUAGGAAGUGCCCCACGCAAGUACCAGAAAACCGCUGAUAAUGUCUGGAUCGGGCCUGGUUAUGAUAUCAACUCAAGAAUAGUUUUACCUGAACAGGAAUACUAUUGUGGUCCGAAUGAAGAUGAAGAGAACUGGGGAGAUGAAGUCUUGCCUUAUGUAAGCUUGGUGAUAACAUUUGUAACUGUUAUGUAUUCUGCAAUUGGCUCAUCAACCCCAGAGAACUGUCAAGCCAUAGAAUUUCCCAGCUGCCCAACUAAGCAGAAUGUUCAGCGACACAAGGUAGAAGACAUCGGAGGUCAGAAGGUGAUUCGUAAUGAGGCUGAGGGCUUGGCUUAUAGCUACUCUCUCUUCCAUGUCAUGUUAGGACUAGCAAAUCUAUAUAUAAUGAUGAGUUUAACAGCAUGGUAUAUGCCUUCAUCUGCAACUCUGAUGACAUUUGGUCGCUCUUGGUCUGUUGUUUGGGUCAAGAUGGUUUCCUGUUGGGUAUGUCUUAUUAUUUUUGUAACAGUAACCAUCUUCCCUACCAUGCUUCCUAGCAGCUCUGUUCGCAGUAACUCCAUAGGCAGUUUGAGGAAUGGAUAUCCGGGUAGUGGAUAUUUGGGUAGUUCACGCAGCCUGGAUGAUGAGGCAGCAGUGCCUCUGUCACCUAGCAAACCAACUGUUACCAUCCACCAGGAGACAACUGUGUGAACAGAAACAGGAGGAAUGCUUUUAUUUAUUGAGUUACAUAGUUUAAUUUAUUUGCUUGUUGUUCUAUGAUAAAUUUGUAUCUGUUUUGUAAUUUUCUGUUUUGGUAAAAAGUUACUGAUAAAUGGAUAUUGCAUUUUCAAGUGAUCUGAGGUAAGGAAAAGUUCUUGAUGCAUUCUAAUGACUCCUUUUGAUUGCCAUUGUUUAGUCCUCCUUAGAGUUUUAUAGAAGGCUAUGAGUCAUUGAGGUUUAGUACCUGUUUAAUAUUUCAGGUAUAAGAAAGAAAGACAAAACUACAGAAUCUCAAAAAGAUUAUUAUUAGAUCUGAACCUAAUUGAGUUUAUUCAGAACUGAUGUUAUUUUACUUUAUAGUAAGUAACAGUACAGAGGAGAAGCCAUAUCAUCAGGUUUGCAUUAUUGCAGCCAUGCUGUAAAUUCCUGAGAAAAGUUACAUUAAGUUCACUGGAAGUAAGUAAAUGUUACUUUUGCUUAUUGUAACUGAGACAAAUGUCAGCCAAAGAAAUGUUUCAGAUUAGCUUUAAGGAGGGAAGAGUAAGACUAAAAAUAUUCAGAACCUUAGACUAGAGGCCUUACUAAUUUAUGAUUGGCACUGAUCAUAAACUCAUCUAGGGACGUGUCAGCAGAUUGUGAUUUUUUUUACUUUGAAGUGGUAUUUUAUUUGCCUGGUUUGAAAAGUACUUACUGCUUUUUUGUGUGAAUAGUAAGACAACCUGUUUGACAACAAGGUCACAAUAGUAUUUUAUGUAUUU